GGUGUCCCGUCUGCGCGCAGCACAGGCAGACAGCAGGGAACAGCUGCAGCAUUCGGUUCGCGAAGGAUUUCACUGCAUUGCGAUUAAAAUAUCAUUCAUUUCACCACCCAAAAACAUUCAAGUGCAGCAGCUCGACUAAGCAACUACACGUCAUUAGAAAAAUGGUUGAUCGCGAGCAGCUGGUGCAGAAAGCCAGGCUGGCUGAACAGGCUGAGAGAUAUGAUGAUAUGGCAGCUUCCAUGAAAUCGGUAACAGAGCUGAACGAGGCCCUGUCCAACGAGGAGAGGAACCUCUUGUCCGUGGCCUACAAGAACGUGGUCGGUGCCCGUCGCUCGUCCUGGAGGGUGAUCUCCAGCAUUGAGCAGAAGACCUCGGCCGACGGCAAUGAGAAGAAGAUUGAGAUGGUGAGGGCCUACAGGGAGAAGAUUGAGAAGGAGCUGGAGGCCGUGUGCCAGGAUGUGCUCAACCUUCUGGACAACUUCCUGAUCAAGAACUGCAGCGAGACGCAGCACGAGAGCAAGGUCUUCUACCUGAAGAUGAAGGGCGACUACUACCGGUACCUGGCUGAGGUGGCCACGGGCGAGAAGAAGGCCACCGUGGUGGAGUCCUCGGAAAAGUCCUACAACGAGGCCCACGAGAUAAGCAAGGAGCACAUGCAGCCCACCCACCCCAUCCGCCUGGGCUUAGCCCUCAACUACUCGGUGUUUUACUACGAGAUCCAGAACGCCCCGGAGCAGGCCUGUCAUCUGGCCAAGACCGCCUUCGAUGACGCCAUCGCCGAGCUCGACACCCUCAACGAGGACUCCUACAAAGACUCCACUCUCAUCAUGCAGCUGCUGCGAGACAACUUGACACUGUGGACAAGUGACCAGCAGGAUGACGAGGGAGGGGAGGGCGCCAAUUAAAGAGAAACCACACUUUGAAAAAAAAUAUAUUUAUGAAGGGGCGGGUGGACUUUGGCAGCCACCUCUGCCGACGAUACAACCGCAGCAGCAGUUCUUUAUUUUUCCAUGUGUUAAAAGAAAAGAAUCAAAAGAGAGGUAGGAGUGGAGGUUAAAUCUUAGUUUAAAUAUAUAUAUAGAAAUAUAUAUACAGUUGAAAGGGGCCUCCGUCUUCUUGAUUUUCUCUUUGACAUUUGCCAAAACCACUGAUGUGUCAGUCAAUCAGCCUGAAGUGGUUGUCGUUGGAUUGAAAUGGCAGCCUCACACUGGCGUAGGAACUGAUCUCGUUCCGUCAAGACAAAGCUGCAUAGUUAGGCUUUUGCGUGAUAGGGAUGCAUCUGAUUCACUUGAGAGAGAACGUGCUUGAAUGGGAAUGCCUCACAAAACUAGUUUGCAUUGGUUCCAGUAGUAAGUCUUUCUAUGAGAAACGGGGCCCUCAGCCUGACGUUGAACCCACACCAACGAGAAAAGAGAAAGUUGUAAUUAGAUUAAUUCCCCAAACGUUUGAAAGGAUGAAUUAGGCAGGAGUCAAAUUGAGGACUUAAUAGUAAACAUUGAUUCCCCUUCCUAAAGUUACGAUUGGUAUGUAAUGUCACUUGAACCGUAGAUUAUUUUGGAGGUGAAGAUUACGAAAGGCAGAGACUUAACAAUAUAAAACAUAAAAAGUACAAAAAAACAAAAAACAAAUAAAAGCAGCUUUAGAGUUUGUGGUUUACUUCUGUGUUUGUUUUAUUAAAUGCACUUGCCUACUAUAUUGUUUCUUCAGUGUAAGAUGAUGACAACAAUAAUAUCCAAUAUUCAAUAUUGUGCAUGCUGGUGAUGUAUUUAUAUACAGUAGCUUGACUUUAUUAACUUAUACUGUGGGUGUUAAGUAUUCAUAUGAUUGAGAAAAACAAGCUUCGUCUGAUGUUGACUUCUAAUCCCUAAUUUAUUUCAUUUGUUAAUGGCUUUUUGAUUUGCUUUACCAAAAUGGUGAUCGUAAAAAUGGACCUGUAAUGAGUGUUGCUAUAGUGACAUGCAAUAUGUGUAUUUAAUUUGUUACUGAAAGAAAAGAUAAAAAAUAUAAAAACUCACCAGUGAUCACUCAAUCUUACCAGCUGGCGUUUGUCACAUUGAAGUAUGAUUAUGACAUUGAACAGUAUUCAAGUACUUUUUGUCUUGCUACCCAGUUUUAAUGGUGACGUUUUCAGGCUCAAUGUUUCUGUUGUGAAUCCACAAACAUGGACCAUAUUUUAUUUCCGACAGUAUACAUUUCUUUUAUACCUUUUUGCUGUUCCUGAGUGACAAAAUAUCUUGAAUGUGAGUCAUUAUGUAGCAGUUGCACAAGAACCGAAAUAAUAGCUAUGAUAAUAAAAAAGAAUAUGACUAAAUUAUACAUGCACCAUUUCUGUGGUGGUCUAGUGUAUUGUCCAGUACAGCUUUUCUUUUUGUGCCUGUAUCACUCUUCAAUAUGCCUCAUUUGCGAGUCAAUCUUUACUAAAAAAGGAUGUAUCUGCCAGUAUUCUAAGUUCCCAUAUGCAUGUUUGUAUUUUCCUCACUUUGAUAUGUGUUGGAUGGUACCGCUCUCUGUACAGCACAUAGAUAUGAAUAUUCAACACCAAUGCACAAAUGGAGUCACCGGGAAAGCAAAGGCAGUUCAGUAAUAUUGGUUUUACAGAUUAGCUAAUGUGAUAAUUAACGUCUUCUGAACCGACUUUAGACACUAGGGCGCUCCAGAUCACAGGAAGCUGCUGAAUGCAUUUAUCUUCAUAAUGCUGCUACUGCUAUAUAUUAUUACAUUGAAAUAUAUUCAUACAGAUGGCAGUUUUCCUUUUUUUUCCUAAUAGAUAGCAGUUUUUGGGGACUUAUCACAGAUGUGAUGGCUUAAGAGAGAAACCAAAAGCCUUAAGGUCAGUCACACAACCUUGUUCACAUGUCACCCUCAUGAGUCAGCCUCCAUGAGCUCACACUGUAUGUCACAGCUGCUUUGAUUUAUUUUUAACAUAUUGCUGGUCUUGAAGGCUCGCCAUACAAAUAGCAUGAAAUCCUGAUGAGAAACUGCACAACUGCGCACAGUUCAUAAAUAUUACAGUGGAUUUGAAUCUGUUUUAUGUUUAGUGAGUUUUUAAAAAAGAGUGGAUCGGCAAUUUUCUCUCAUUAUCUUUGUGUGAAUAUUUUUGAAAUAACAGACAUUGUCAAGAAUACAUGCAUUAUGCUGAUUUUUUAAUAAUUAGUUAUUUAUUGUUUAUAUUAUGGAUGUUGAUCCAUUUUUCCGCUGUGACAUUAAAACAAUUACAGGAAGUGAGGUGAAAAGGAGAAAAUCGUGAAUUAGUUUAAAGAGAAGCUGACCUGCUGGAUAUUUGCAGGGGGGGCGACAGGAAUACAAACUGUAUGCUCUGAGGAAUAUUUGAUUGCCAUCUGUUGCCCAUUAAAGUUAUUUGUUUAACGGUU